AUGCCCCCACUGAAUUCCUAUGUAGAAAUGACCAUCCCAGGGGGUGGCAUCACAAAGAGGGACUUUGUGACCGUGACAGAUGGUGGCUCUUCUCCAAAACAGUCAGCGAUCUGGGUGGUCGUUCAGGUUCUGGACGAAAAUGACAACAAGCCCCAGUUCCCGGAGAAGGUCUACCAGAUCAAGCUUCCAGAACGUGACCGCAAGAAGAGAGGAGAACCCAUUUACAGGGCUUUUGCGUUUGACCGCGAUGAAGGUCCCAAUGCAGAAAUCUCCUACAGUAUUGUGGAUGGGAAUGAUGAUGGAAAAUUCUUUAUUGACCCCAAAACUGGCAUGGUCUCCUCCAGAAAGCAAUUCACGGCAGGAAGCUAUGACAUCCUAACGAUCAAGGCUGUGGACAAUGGGCGGCCCCAGAAAUCCUCCACGGCUCGCCUCCAUAUUGAAUGGAUUAAGAAGCCCCCACCCUCACCUAUCCCGCUGACCUUCGAUGAACCAUUUUACAACUUCACAGUCAUGGAAAGUGACAGAGUGACAGAGAUUGUAGGGGUGGUGUCUGUGCAACCAGCCAAUACCCCUCUGUGGUUCGACAUCAUUGGGGGGAAUUUUGACAGCUCUUUUGAUGCAGAGAAGGGUGUUGGGACAAUUGUCAUUGCAAAACCUCUGGAUGCAGAGCAAAGGUCGGUCUACAACAUGAGCGUGGAAGUCACCGAUGGAACCAAUGUUGCUGUCACUCAGGUAUUUAUCAAAGUGCUGGAUAAUAACGAUAAUGGCCCUGAAUUCUCCCAGCCGCAUUAUGAUGUGACCAUUUCUGAGGAUGUGCUUCCUGAUACAGAGAUACUGCAGAUUGAGGCCACAGACAGAGACGAGAAGCAUAAGCUGAGCUACACCAUCCACAGCAGCAUUGACGCCAUCAGCAUGAGGAAGUUCCGGAUGGACCCCAACACGGGCAUACUCUACACUGCCGAAAGGCUGGACCAUGAGGCCCAGGACAAGCACAUCCUCAACAUAAUGGUCAGAGAUCAGGAAUUUCCUUACCGAAGAAACUUGGCCCGGGUCAUUGUGAACGUGGAGGAUGCUAACGAUCACAGCCCUUACUUUACCAAUCCAAUGUACGAAGCCUCGGUGUUCGAAUCAGCUGCCCUGGGAUCAGUUGUUCUACAAGUGACAGCUCUGGACAAAGACAAAGGGGAAAAUGCAGAGCUCAUAUAUUCCAUAGAAGCAGGAAACACGGGGAACACAUUUAAGAUUGAACCCGUCCUGGGCAUCAUCACCAUCUCCAAAGAGCCAGACAUGACAGCCAUGGGUCAGUUUGUCCUGUCAGUUAAAGUCACAGACCAAGGCUCCCCACCAAUGUCUGCCACAGCGAUUGUGCGCGUCUCCAUCAGUGUGUCUGAUAACUCCCACCCCAAAUUCACUCACCGAGACUACCAAGCUGAAGUCAAUGAAAACGUUGAUAUUGGAACUUCUGUCAUCCUCAUCUCUGCCAUCAGCCAGUCAACUCUCAUUUACGAGGUCAAAGAUGGAAACAUCAAUGGGGUCUUUACCAUCAACCCAUAUUCUGGAGUCAUCACCACUCGGAGAGCUCUGGAUUACGAGCAGACCUCUGCCUAUCAACUCAUCAUCCAGGCCACUAACAUGGCAGGCAUGGCUUCCAAUGCCACUGUCAGCAUUCAGAUCGUGGAUGAAAAUGAUAACCCCCCAGUGUUUCUCUUCUCACAGUACUCAGGCAGCCUGAGCGAGGCUGCGCCCAUCAACAGCAUCGUCAGGAGCCGAGACAACAGCCCACUGGUGAUCCGAGCCACCGAUGCUGACAGCAACCAGAAUGCAUUACUGGUGUAUCAGAUCGUGGAGUCCACAGCCAAGAAGUUCUUCACAGUGGACUCCAGCACAGGGGCUAUCAGAACGAUCGCCAGCCUAGACCAAGAGGCCAUUGCACACUUCCAUUUCCACGUGCAUGUGAGAGACAGUGGGAGCCCCCAGCUGACUGCAGAGAGCCCUGUUGAAGUCAACAUUGAGGUGAGAGACGUGAACGACAACCCGCCUGUGUUCACGCAGGCUGUGUUCGAGACUGUCUUACUUCUCCCCACCUACGUCGGUGUGGAGGUUCUGAAGGUGAGUGCCACAGACCCUGACUCUGAGGUACCCCCUGAACUGACAUAUAGCCUCAUGGAAGGCAGUGUGGAUCACUUUCUAAUGGACCCAAAUAGUGGAGUGCUCACCAUAAAAAACAAUAAUCUCUCCAAAGACCAUUACAUGCUGAUAGUCAAAGUAUCCGAUGGAAAGUUCUACAGCACUGCCAUGGUCACUAUCAUGGUUAAAGAAGCCAUGGACAGUGGCCUCCACUUCACACAAAGUUUCUAUUCCACCUCCAUCUCAGAGAACAGCACAAACAUAACCAAAGUCGCUAUUGUCAAUGCAAUUGGAAACCGCCUUAACGAGCCCUUGAAAUACAGCAUCUUAAACCCAGGAAAUAAGUUCAAGAUAAAAUCUACCUCAGGAGUCAUUCAGACCACAGGAGUACCCUUUGACCGCGAAGAACAGGAGUUGUAUGAGUUGGUGGUGGAAGCCAGUCGUGAGCUAGACCACUUGCGUGUGGCGAGGGUGGUAGUCCGAGUCAACAUCGAAGAUGUGAACGACAACUCUCCUGUCUUCGUGGGCCUCCCUUACUAUGCUGCUGUGCAAGUUGAUGCUGAGCCAGGGACGCUGGUAUACCGGGUGACAGCCAUCGACAAAGAUAAAGGUGCCAAUGGAGAAGUGACCUAUGUCUUGCAGGAUGACUAUGGCCACUUCGAAAUUAACCCAAAUUCAGGGAAUGUGGUUUUAAAAGAAGCAUUCAACGCAGACCUUGCCAACAUUGACUAUGGGGUCACCAUCCUCGCCAAGGACGGUGGCAAUCCAACUCUGUCCAACUCAGUGGAACUUCCCAUCACUAUUGUUAACAAAGCAAUGCCCGUGUUUGAUAAGCCCUUUUAUACAGCAUCAAUCAAUGAAGAUGUCACAAUGGACACUCCCAUUCUCAGCAUCAAUGCCACCAGCCCGGAAGGCCAGGGCAUCAUAUACCUCAUCAUUGACGGGGAUCCCUUCCAACAGUUUAACAUCGACUUUGAUACGGGGGUCCUGAAAGUCAUUAGUCCUUUGGAUUAUGAAGCCACAUCCGUUUACAAGUUGACGGUGAGAGCCAGUGAUGCUCUUACAGGGGCCAGGGCUGAAGUCACCGUGGAAGUGCUAGUGGAUGACGUCAAUGAUAACCCUCCUGUUUUCGAUCAGCCCACUUACAACACGACACUGUCUGAGGCGUCUCUCAUCGGAACCCCAGUUCUGCAACUUGUCUCCACGGAUGCGGAUUCAGGAAACAACAAGGUGGUACAUUAUCAGAUUGACCAGGACACCUACAAUAGCACGGAUUACUUUCACAUCGAUAGCUCCAGUGGCCUCAUCCUGACAGCGAGGAUGCUAGACCACGAGGUGGUGCAACACUGCACCUUGAGGGUCACAGCAACUGAUAAUGGUUUCCCUUCCCUGAGCACUGAAGUCCUGGUUCACAUCUACAUUUCUGACAUCAACGACAACCCCCCGGUGUUUAAUCAGCUCAUUUAUGAGUCCUAUGUGAGUGAAUUAGCCCCCCGGGGUCAUUUUGUUACCUGUGUGCAAGCCUCAGAUGCAGACAGCUCGGACUUUGACCGCUUGGAAUACAGCAUUUUAUCUGGGAAUGAUCGGACCAGCUUUCUGAUGGACAGCAAGAGUGGAGUCCUCACGCUGUCUAGCCACAGGAAGCAACGAAUGGAGCCUUUGUACAGUCUCAAUGUGUCUGUGUCCGAUGGGCUGUUUACCAGCACUGCGCAGGUGCACAUCAGAGUCCUGGGGGCAAACUUGUAUAGCCCUGCCUUUUCACAAAGCACAUAUGUAGCUGAGGUGAGGGAGAAUGCAGCUUCUGGGACAAAGGUCAUUCAUGUUCCAGCCACAGAUGGGGAUCCAGGAACAUAUGGACAGAUCAGCUACUCCAUCAUCAAUGACUUUGCCAAGGAUAGAUUCCUCAUAGACAACAAUGGACAGAUCAUCACAACAGAAAGACUGGACCGCGAAAACCCUCUGGAAGGCGAUAUUAGCAUUUAUCUGAGGGCCCUGGAUGGUGGCGGCAGAACGACUUUCUGCACUGUGCGGGUGAUUGUGGUGGACGAGAAUGACAAUGCCCCGCAGUUCAUGACAGUGGAGUACAGGGCCAGUGUCAGGGCAGAUGUCGGAAGGGGCCACCUAGUCACUCAAGUUCAAGCUUCAGAUCCAGAAGAUGGUGCAAAUUCUAGGAUUACUUAUUCCCUCUACAGUGAGGCCUCAGUCUCAGUGGCUGACCUCUUGGAAAUUGAUCCUGAUAACGGCUGGAUGGUGACCAAAGGCAAUUUUAACCAACUGAAAAAUACGGUGCUGUCUUUCUUCGUGAAGGCAGUAGAUGGUGGCAUUCCCGUCAGGCACUCCCUCAUCCCUGUCUACAUCCAUGUCCUGCCCCCUGAAAUGUUCCUGCCUUCAUUCACCCAGUCACAGUACUCCUUUGCCCUUGCAGAAGAUACAGCCAUUGGAAGCACAGUGGACACCCUGAGGAUACUGCCCAAUCAGAGUGUCCGGUUCAGCACGGUUAAAGGAGAACGGCCAGAGAAUAACAGAGAGGGUGUCUUUAUCAUAGAACAAGAGACAGGUACUAUCAAGCUCGACAAGCGCCUUGACCAUGAAGUCAGCCCAGCUUUCCACUUCAAAGUAGCAGCUACUAUACCCCUGGACAAGGUGGACAUCGUAUUCACCGUGGAUGUAGAAGUUAAGGUCUUGGAUCUGAACGACAACAGGCCAGUCUUUGAAACCCCAAGCUACGAGACGAUCAUAAUGGAGGGGAUGCCUGUCGGCACCAAGCUUGCCCAGGUGAGAGCCACAGACAUGGAUUGGGGAGCCAAUGGGCAAGUCACUUACUCCCUACACUCAGAUUCCCAGCUUGAGAAGGUAAUGGAAGCAUUCAGUAUUGACAGCAACACUGGAUGGAUCAGUACACUGAAGGACCUGGACCAUGAGACAGACCCUACCUUCUCCUUCUCUGUGGUGGCUUCUGACCUUGGAGAGGCUUUCUCUCUUUCUUCCAUGGCUCUGGUCUCAGUCAAGGUGACAGAUAUCAAUGACAAUGCACCCGUCUUUGCUCAUGAGGUGUACAGAGGGAAAGUGAAGGAGAGCGACCCCCCGGGAGAGGUGGUAGCUGUUCUCAGUACCUUGGACAGAGACACCUCCACCAUAAACCGCCAAGUGAGCUACCACAUUACAGGAGGGAACCCCCGAGGACGGUUUGCCCUGGGCAUGGUGCAGAAUGAGUGGAAGGUUUAUGUGAAGAGACCUCUGGAUCGAGAGGAACAAGACAUUUACUUCCUCAACAUCACUGCCUCUGAUGGACUCUUUGUCACACAGGCCAUGGUGGAAGUGAUUGUUAGUGACGUAAACGACAACAGCCCAGUGUGUGAGCAGGUUGCAUAUUCAGCAUCUCUUCCAGAAGACAUUCCAUCAAAUCAACUCAUCCUGAAGGUCAGUGCCAAGGAUGCGGACAUUGGAUCCAAUGGAGAGAUACGAUACUCACUCUAUGGAUCUGGAAACAAUGAAUUUUUUCUAGAUCCAGAAAGUGGUGAGUUAAAAACCUUGGCCCUGUUGGACAGGGAGAGAAUCCCAGUAUACAACCUGAUUGCCAGGGCCACUGAUGGGGGCGGCCGCUUCUGCCACUCCAGUGUCCUCCUGCUCCUGGAAGAUGUGAAUGACAAUCCUCCUGUGUUCUCCUCCAACCACUACACUGCCUGUGUCUACGAGAACACGGCCACGAAGGCUCUGCUGACCAGAGUGCAAGCAGUGGACCCUGAUGUUGGCAUCAACAGGAAGGUUGUGUACUCCCUGGAGGACUCAGCCAGUGGGGUCUUCUCCAUCGACAGCUCCUCUGGCGUCAUCAUCCUGGAACAGCCUCUGGACCGAGAACAGCAGUCAUCCUACAACAUCAGUGUCCGGGCCACCGACCAGAGUCCUGGACAGUCCCUCUCCUCGCUCGCCUCGGUCACCAUCACCGUCCUGGACAUCAAUGACAACCCCCCUGUGUUUGAGAGGAGGGAUUACCUAGUAACGGUGCCUGAGGACACUUCCCUUGGUACCCAAGUUCUCUCUGUGUUUGCAACCAGCAAAGAUAUCGGCACGAACGCUGAGAUAACGUAUCUCAUCCGGUCUGGGAAUGAACAAGGGAAGUUUAGGAUCAACCCAAAGACAGGGGGUAUUUCUGUCUUGGAAGCUCUGGACUAUGAAGUAUGCAAAAGAUUUUACCUGGUGGUAGAAGCUAAAGAUGGGGGCACCCCAGCCCUGAGCGCUGCAGCCACCGUCAGCAUCGACCUCACAGAUGUGAAUGAUAACCCUCCUCGAUUCAGUCAAGAUGUCUACAGUGCCGUCAUCAGUGAGGAUGCCUUGGAGGGGGACUCUGUCAUUCUGCUGAUAGCAGAAGAUGCGGAUAGCAAGCCCAAUGGUCAGAUUCGUUUUUCCAUUGUGGGUGGAGAUAGGGACAAUGAAUUUGCUGUGGAUCCCUUCUUGGGACUUGUGAAGGUUAAGAAGAAACUGGACCGGGAACGGGUGUCAGGAUACUCCCUGCUCAUCCAAGCAGUAGACAGUGGCAUCCCUGCAAUGUCUUCAACUACAACUGUCAACAUUGAUAUCUCUGAUGUGAAUGACAACAGCCCAGUGUUCACACCUGCAAACUAUACCGCUGUGAUCCAGGAAAACAAGCCAGUGGGUACCAGCAUCUUACAGCUUGUGGUGACAGACAGAGACUCUUUUCACAAUGGGCCUCCCUUCUCCUUCUCUAUUUUGUCGGGAAAUGAAGACGAGGAGUUUGUGCUGGACUCGCACGGGAUCCUGAGGUCAGCGGUGGUCUUCCGGCACGUGGAGUCCCCAGAAUACCUGUUGUGCAUUCAGGCAAAGGACUCAGGAAAACCGCAGCAAGUUUCUCAUACCUACAUCCGGGUGAGGGUCAUUGAGGAGAGCACCCACAAACCCACAGCUAUCCCAUUGGAAAUCUUCAUUGUCACCAUGGAAGAUGACUUUCCUGGUGGGGUCAUUGGGAAGAUCCAUGCCACAGAUCAGGACAUGUAUGAUGUGCUCACGUUUGCCCUGAAGUCAGAGCAGAAGAGCUUGUUCAAAGUGAACAGUCAUGAUGGGAAAAUCAUCGCCCUGGGAGGGCUGGACAGUGGGAAGUACGUCCUGAACGUCUCUGUGAGUGAUGGCCGCUUCCAAGUGCCCAUCGAUGUCGUUGUGCACGUGGAGCAACUGGUGCAUGAGAUGCUGCAAAACACUGUCACCAUCCGCUUUGAGAAUGUGUCCCCCGAGGACUUUGUGGGGCUGCACAUGCAUGGGUUCCGGCGCAUCCUGCGGAAUGCGGUCCUCACCCAGAAGCAGGACAGCCUGCGCAUUAUCAGCAUCCAGCCUGUGGUGGGCACCAACCAGUUAGAUAUGCUGUUUGCCGUGGAGAUGCGCAGCAGUGAGUUCUACAAGCCAGCCUACCUGAUCCAGAAGCUGUCCAACGCCAGGAGGCACCUGGAGAACGUCAUGCAUAUAGCAGCCAUUUUGGAGAAGAACUGCUCAGGACUGGACUGUCAGGAGCAGCACUGUGAGCAAGGCUUGUCGCUGGAUUCCCACGCGCUCAUGACCUACAGCACAGCUCGCAUCAGCUUCGUGUGCCCGCGUUUCUAUAGGAACGUGCGCUGCACCUGUGAUGGAGGAGUGUGUCCGGGGUCUAAGGAUCCUUGCGUGGAGAAGCCGUGUCCAGAGGACAUGCAAUGUGUGGGCUACGAGGCCAGCAGGAGACCUUUCCUCUGCCAGUGUCCAGCAGGAAAGCUUGGAGAAUGCUCAGGGCACACUUCUCUCAGCUUUGCUGGAAACAGCUACAUCAAGUACCGGCUUUCUGAAAAUAGCAAGGAAGAGGACUUCAAGCUAGCCCUGCGCCUGAGAACCCUGCAAAGCAAUGGGAUUAUAAUGUACACCCGGGCCAACCCCUGCAUGAUUCUGAAGAUCGUGGAAGGCAAACUGUGGUUCCAGCUGGACUGUGGCAGCGGCCCCGGAAUCCUGGGCAUCUCUAGCCGCGCUGUCAACGAUGGGAGCUGGCAUUCGGUCUUCCUGGAGCUCAAUCGCAAUUUCACCAGCCUGGCCCUGGACGACAGUUAUGUGGAGCGGCGCAGGGCGCCCCUGUACUUCCAGACCCUAAGCACCGAGAGUGCCAUCUUCUUUGGUGCCCUGGUGCAGGCCGAUAACAUCCGCAGUCUGACGGACACACGAGUCACCCAAGUCCUCGGUGGUUUCCAGGGUUGCCUGGACUCGGUGGUGCUUAAUCACAACGAGCUGCCCCUCCAAAACAAGCGCAGCAGCUUCGCGGAAGUCGUGGGUCUGACAGAGUUGAAGUUGGGCUGCGUGCUCUACCCGGAUGCAUGCCAACGCAAUCCCUGUCUGCACGGGGGCAGCUGCAGCGGUCUGCCCUCUGGUGGCUAUCAGUGUUCCUGUCUCUCACAGUUCACGGGGAGAAACUGUGAAGCAGAGAUCACAGCCUGCUUCCCCAACCCUUGCCGGAAUGGAGGAUCCUGCGACCCCAUAGGAAACACCUUUGUCUGCAGCUGUAAAGCCGGCCUCACAGGCGUCACGUGCGAGGAUGAUGUGGACGAGUGUGAGCGAGAGGAGUGUGAGAAUGGAGGCUCCUGCGUCAACCUCUUCGGCUCCUUCUUCUGCAACUGCACCCCAGGAUAUGUGGGUCAGUACUGUGGCUUGCGUCCCGUGGUCGUGCCCAACAUCCAAGCUGGCCACUCAUAUGUGGGCAAGGAGGAACUAAUAGGCAUUGCUGUGGUCCUCUUCGUCAUCUUCACCCUGGUUGUGCUCUUCAUCGUCUUUCGCAAGAAGGUCUUUCGAAAGAACUACUCGCGGAACAACAUCACGCUAGUGCAGGACCCAGCCACAGCCGCGCUCCUGCACAAGAGCAACGGCAUCCCAUUCCGCAGCCUGCGGGCGGGCGACGGGCGCAAUGUGUACCAGGAGGUGGGGCCGCCUCAGGUGCCAGUGCGCCCCAUGGCCUACACACCCUGCUUCCAAAGCGACUCCAGGAGCAACCUGGACAAGGGCCUGGACGUACUGGGUGGUGAGCCACAGGAGAUGAGCACGUUCCACCCGGAGUCCCCUCGCAUCCUGACUGCGCGUCGGGGCGUGGUGGUAUGCAGCGUGGCCCCCAAUCUCCCAGCUGUGUCUCCCUGUCGCUCGGACUGCGAUUCCAUCCGAAAGAAUGGCUGGGACACAGGACCCGAAAACAAAGGGGCUGAUGACCCGGGAGAGGUGACCUGCUUCACAAGCAGUAACAAAGGGAGCAACUCCGAAGUUCAGUCCCUCAGCUCCUUCCAGUCAGACUCUGGUGACGACAAUGCAUCCAUAGUGACUGUCAUUCAGCUUGUCAACAAUGUAGUUGACUCUAUAGAGAAUGAAGUGUCUGUCAUGGAUCAAGGACAGAACUACAACAGAGCCUAUCAUUGGGACACCUCCGACUGGAUGCCAGGGGCACGGCUGUCUGACAUCGAGGAAAUGCCCAACUACGAGAGCCAAGAUGGAGGGUCAGCGCACCAGGGCAGCACACGAGAGCUGGAGAGUGACUACUACCUGGGCGGAUACGACAUCGACAGCGAAUACCCCCCACCUCACGAAGAAGAGUUCCUAAGUCAGGAUCAGCUUCCCCCUCCUCUGCCGGAGGACUUCCCGGAACAGUAUGAGGCCCUGCCUCCCUCGCAGCCAGCCUCGCUAGCUGGCACCAUGAGCCCAGACUGCAAGAGAAGGCCCCGGUUUCACCCCAGCCAGUACCUCCCUCCUCACCCGCUUCCCAACGAAACAGAUUUGGGGGGGCCACCCUCCGGCUGUGAUUUUAGUACUUUUGCAGUGAGCAUGAACCAGGGUCCGGUAGACAGCGUGUCUCUGUCCUUGCACAAUCCCAGAGGCACCUCGUCCUCAGAUACGCCAGCCCACCGUGGCUUUGACGACUCUGAGGUGGCCAUGAGGGACUACGAAAGCGCGGGUGAGCUCGGCCUCACCAGCCUUCACAUUCCCUUCGUGGAAACGCAGCACCAGACCCAGGUGUAGAGGACACCGUGGGUGCUGUGCCCGACUCUUACAGCAUAGAAGGAAACAAGCCGCACUUGGGUCUGGACGGAGAGAACUCUGUGGAAAUGUGGAUUGUCUAUGAGGAACCCCUUCACAAGUCUCACUGUCCCAGCAAGCUUGACUCCCAGAGUGACAAGGAGCCGCUCAGACGUGGUGUCUGGGGGAGGGGGAGCUGACAGUCCUUGUUUGUGAAUACCUGUGUUUAUGGCUUGGAGUGCAAAGGAGAAGAAAUGAGUUGACUUUGUCAAAGGGGAGAACACAAAUGGCUUUGUGCAUUAUUGUGCCCCGGAGAGUGGGAAAGCCAAGGUCCUUGCAGUAUUAGCCCCGCCACGUCAGAGGGGCAGCGUCGCAUGUGAUUUUGAGCCAAGGAAGUGAAAAGAGCAGAACUGUCUGUCGGAGACAUUAGUGUUCUAGAUGAGAGAAAAGAACGGCAGUGUUCGACAGGGUGGACGGAAGCCUUUAAAACCGGCUCUGUUUUUCAAUAAGCUGUCUAAUUUUUCAGCUAUAAAAUUAGAUUUGAGUAAAAUGCUUAGUGUGCUCAGAUUUUUUUCCUGUUUGUGUUAAGCAUCCAGUAUAAUAUAGUUGGGUUUGUGAUCUCUGAGAAAGUUACCAUGAAUGAGCAAUAAGAGGCUAUCUAGACUCCAGUGGGUGGGUUGGGGGAGGUUAAUGUUCAAACACCAGAAAGACUGUGUCGAACUUGUUCUGUGUUUUCUGGCAAAUAAUCCUAGCCAUAGCUUGGUUCUAACAUUCCUGCAGGAACAGACCCCUGCUGGUCUAUUGCUCUCUAGAAUGAGAGGUAGUGGAAGCCUAAACAGAAUUCACAGGAUGUGAUGCUGUCCGACGUUUCCCCCUAGGGGACCAUACUUCUUCACACUGAAGGGGAAAACCGUACAUGUCGUUCUAAACUGGUAGUGGUGUCAUUAUAAAUACUCUUAGGUUUUUAAAGAAAAAAGUAGGUAGUGACCAUGUAUAAAUUGUAUGUAUGUGUGUGUGCAUGCGUGCGUGCGUGCAAACGUGUGUGCAUGUGUGUGUGAGAGGAGGGCCUAAUAAGUAUUGCUCUGAGUGUGCGCUCACCACAGCUGCUCUUGAGGGAAGCUGCCCCAAAGGGUUUAGGAUUCAGUGUUGGAAAUCACGAGGGGAGCAAGCGUUGCUCACCUUCUGAUUUCUCUGAUCUCUAGUCUAACAGGAACACCAAAUGCCAUAUCUUACUCCAGUUCAGUUAACCUUAUUUUAAUAGUACUGCCAUUUAUAGUAACUUAAAGCAAGUACCGUGAUUUUUUUAAAGACAGUAUUUUCUAAUUUUUCAGAACUACUAUUUGAAACUGAGUAACAUUUGAUUACACCCUGGGGUCUCCCUCCCAUCGGACAGAUGGCCUUUGGCCAUCACUUUCCCAUGACAGAAUACCCAUCCCGCUGAAAAUGCAGAAACCUAGCAUUUGAAGGUUAAAGCUGGCAGUGGAGUGAACUUUGCUCUUUCACUCUGAUUGGCUGUGGCCUCCGCCUUUGCAAUGAGCCAGGGCAAGGAAUGCACAUUUGCACAUCUGCCUGCGAGCAAAUCUCUGUAUGCACAUGUGAAGGGAGCUGUCUGGGAUCUGCCCAUCAGUGCUCGGUUGUCUUUAAUCCACUUACCUCUCUGCAGGAGCUGAUGUUUCUGAACAUCUGUCCUUUCAUUCCCAAACUUCCUGAGUUAGAGAACAUGUUUGUCCUCUUUCUCGGCUUUUCUCUUGCCUUCUCUAGCUUACACUCACCCGUGGAGGCAUUAUCCACACCAUGGUCUUGAAAUAAAUGAAUUUCACUAAGGCUGCUUUUAAGAAUAAAGUCUUUAGUAUUUUUUCUUAUGUAAGAAGCACAUUUGCAACAAUCACAAAGAAAAUGACAAACUAAUGGUCCAGAAUUGAAUCACUGCUGUGCUUUUAAUAACACAACAGCAUAAAACCAUCAAAGUAAAACCAACAGUUCAUUUCUUGCCCCCAGGAAAUAUGAGAUGAGAUGCACACCAAUGAGUCACCCGCGCUUAGCCAGCAUCUCUUUUAGAGAGAACGCCUGGCCAAGCCUAUAAUGAAGGCAUAAAUAGAGCUAUCUGCAGGCAGUGGCAGAGUCACUGAAGAAAUCCCUGCCUACCCUCUCCUCUGACCUACAUAAAAUCCUUUUUUCUCUGGGACACCUUCCUGCUAAAUUUCAGCAGAAUAGCUCUACAGACAUCCAGAUGAGCACCGGGUCUACUGGAUUCUUCUCUUUCUAAAAAUUAGGUUUCCUUGCAGAUCAGAGGGUAUAGUGCAGCAACUUCUACAUGCAUCUUAGAUGGGGUGACCACGGUUUAACAGAACGGGGUCCCUAAGACUUCCUAGGCUAGCCCCCACACUUUAUAAGGGAGGAAGCUCGCCCAGAGAAAGGAAGAGACUUACCCAGGCUCAAACAAAAGUUAACUCAUUGACUCAAACUGCCACCCAUCCACGUAGACACCGCUCCUUAUCUGUAACCUUGCACACCGCUAAGCUGCCCUGAGCCGGCAGCUGCUUCCUUCUACUAAACCCUUAACUUCCCACUGUUCCUUCACUGAAAUAUGCAAGGAUAAACAAAUAGAGACCUUUUCUCUGGGACUCUGAUAGGCCCAGAGAUUUGGACAUUCAUCAGAAUGCUGCUUUUGCCAAAUGAAUGUUUCUAGGAUGGAGUGAGCACAGAACUCUUCAGACUGUAGUCGUCGCUGGUAGUGAAACUGGUGGUAUGUAACACACACACUAAGUGUGUCUUAUGGGUUUAAUGUUUUUGUUUCCUCCUCAUAAGCUCUGCCUACUGUCUGUUCUUGUCCUGCCCACCAUGAUGGAAAAUUAGCCGGUUAGUGUGUGUCUGUGUUUCUCCUGGGAGAUGUGUGGCACACGUCUGGUUAGUGUGUGUCUGUGUUUCUCCUGGGAGAUGUGUGGCACACGUCUGGUUAGUGUGAGAGAAGCCAUCAGUCUUUGUCACACUUUAAGCGGGAGCUAUAGGGCUGUAAAGGACAGAAAUGUGCUUCAUUCAUCCCCUUCCUCUGAGAGGAUUUUGCUGCUGAGCCUCAUCCCAUGCCUGCUUUCUGUGUACCCCUUUCCUGCCCACUCACAAAAUGCAACGAGAAAGUCAUAGCAAUAUACAUAGGUCAAGGCCAUAAUCUUACAUUUUAAGCUGUUGGAGUCACAGGAAGGCCUGGGAGAUUUACCUGGAACUGCCAUAGGAGAUCACUAUCUCAGAAGAAAAGGAAACAUUUCCUAUCGGCCUUUUCCUGCCGACUUCCUACCCACAGUGCUCUGUCUUCUUUGCAGAUGCUGGCAGGGGGUGGGAGGUGGACAAAACAUAAUAAACAAGCAAAAAGACAAAGAGGAUUAGAAUAAACCAUUAAAGACACAUUUAGAUGAAGACACAUUUAGAUGAAAUAAUUCAGGAAGGUCUAGUGUUCGUGUUGCGUGGAUUGUCCGGCAGUCGUCUGGCCUCCUCACUGUUGCAGACCCUGGUCGUGUGCUUAGGUUUGUGGGACAUGGGGCUUCCAAGGGGCGUUUCUUCAGUGCUGUCUUUCUGUGUGGUCCGUGAGGAGGCAGUGAGUGUGCGUGUUAGUUUGUCUUGCAACCUCCAGCUGCACUGCUGAUUCAGACCCACCUCUUUGAGCUUCCGGUGGUGUGUCACAGGGAGUUUAAAGUCGCCAUGCAUGGGUUUGACAUCAGCAAAUAUCUAGCCAGAUGGCUAAGACAGGAAAAGAAAAGGUAUUUCUUUCCUUAUGUAAUAAUGAAAAGCAAUAAUUACAAGUGUUUAACAAUACACAAAGGCCAUAAUUAGUCUCUUCCAGUGUUCGGAAUACACUAGAGAAUUCUGUAGUCGUUUGGGGUGUGUUGGGCCCAUUAGUAUGUCCUGAGGCACCCUUCAGCAAACCAGCCCCUGGAUUGCUCUUAUUUAACAAUGCUAUGAGCUCAUGCUACUGGAUUUGGGGAGUGACGGAUGUGUCUGGAGACGGGGAGGGUCCUUGGAAAGCACUGUUACGAGACCGUGGUGUACAUUUGCCUGUUAUAAACAGGCUGGUUUGUAAAAGAUGUAUGUUUUUGGUGUUUUAAAUGUUUAUAAAAUUGUAUAUAGGUGGUUUCCAUUUUCCAGGCAUUUGUAGAUACAGUAUUUGAUGCCUAUCCGGAUGCUUUAAUUUGGAGGGUCAAAUAGAAUUCUUAGUCAUCCACAUUGUUGUCUGCAAACUUUUGAGGUAUACCCAUGAAGAAAGAGGACUUUAGAUUUGAAAAAGAUGUUUUUAUUCAUUUCAAAGUGUAUUGUGUCUUUUCUUAGAUUUUAUUGUUUUCAUUUAACUCUGUUUUCAAAAACAAAGUGUUUCUAUUGACUUUUUUUUUUUUUAAGAUGAAUGUGUUUGGCCCGGUUAUUAAGCACUCGACCUUCACACCAUUCCCUAGACAGAAUAAGUUGUCAGUCUGCCACUUCCAUGCACACUCACCUCAGCUCCAUGCACACUCACCUCAGCUCCAUGCACACUCACCUCAGCUCCAUGCACACUCACCUCAGCUCCAUGCACACUCACCUCAGCUCCAUGCAUACUCACCUCAGCUCCACCCACACACAUCAAUGCAAACCUUAUGCAAAGGGGAAAGUGGUGACUCUACUGAAGUUUGCCCCUUACAGACAUGGAUUGUUCUGCACAUAUUGCUGUUGACGAUAUUCAAUAGAACAAAAGGAAAAUGAAGGAAAACAAAAUAAAAUAAAAGGAUACAAAAUUACAGCCAAAAACUAAAACAAGGAAAAAAAAAUCUCCCCCAUGGUGUCCAGGUUUGUAACUGCCAAAUUUGAUCAUUAAAACAUGUUUUCAA